GCGGGACCAACGGCGUGUGGGCGGACCCCUCAGAGCAAGCUGUGAACUUCUCCCGCGAGGAACUUCUCGAGAAGUGGCGGGAGCGGCGGCUAUGGAAGCUCAGGAAGAGAAAGAGGCGCAGGUUGCUGCGUGGUUAAAAAAAAUAUUUGGAGACCACCCCAUUCCGCAAUAUGAGGUGAAUGCUCGGACCACGGAGAUUUUACAUCACCUUUCAGAACGCAACAGGAUUCGGGACAGGGAUGUCCACUUGGUAAUAGAGGACUUGAAACAGAAAGCAAGUGAAUAUGAAGCAGAAGCCAAGCAUCUUCAGAGCCUUCUCAUAGAGAGUGUGAAUUUUUCCCCUGCCAAUCUGUCUAGCACUGGUUCUAGGUACCUGAAUGCUUUGGUUGACAGUGCAGUGGCCCUUGAAACAAAGGAUACCUCACUAGCUAGUUUUAUCCCUGCAGUGAAUGAUUUGACCUCUGAUCUUUUCCGUAUCAAAUCCAAAAAUGAAGAAAUCAAGCUUGAAUUGGCAAAACUUGAAAAAAAUCUAACUGCAACUUUAGUGUUAGAAAAAUGUCUACGAGAGGAUCUAAAGAAGGCCGAGUUGCAUCUGUCUAUGGAAAGGGCCAAAGUUGACAAUCGUCUUCAGAACACAGGCUUCCUAAAAGCAAAGUCGGAGGAGUUCAGAUUUGGAAUCAGAACUGCAGAGGAGCAACUUUCAGCCAGAGGCAUGGAUGCUUCUCUGUCUCAUCAGUCGCUAGUAGCACUUUCAGAGAAAUUGGCGGAACUAAAACGACAGACUAUACCUUUGAAGAAAAAAUUGGAGUCUUAUUUAGAUUUAAUGCCGAACCCGUCCCUUGCUCAGGUGAAAAUUGAAGAAGCAAAGCGGGAAUUAGAUACCAUUGAAGCUGAACUUACAAAGAAAGUAGACAUGAUGGAAUUGUGAUCAGAGUCAAGAGACAAUAGGAAACGUAACAAAAGCAGAGGAUUAAAAGCCGAGGAUCAGAGCUUGCCCUGUCUUAUGGCUCUGGAAUUCUGAAACCACUAUGUAAAGAAACUUGGACUGUUGAGGAUGAGAAACUACAUGGAGCAGAAACAAGUAAUUCCAGCUGAGCCCUGCCCCCACCCAAGACCAAGCAGGCUGCCAACUGCCAGCUAUGUGGACAAGGCCUUCUUAGACUACCCAGCCCUGGCCAAGCCAUCUGUAGCUGCAGAGAUCAACCAAGCCGGCCCAGGCCAGAAGCCCACACAGUCAACCCAUAAUAUCAUGAGAAAUAAUAAAUGAUUUUUUGAAGCUUAUUUAAGUUUUUG